AUGACUUCUCUUUCCCUCAUCAUUGGCCUAGUUGGGCUGGUUGGAAAUGCAAUAGUGCUGUGGUUUUUGGGAUUCCACAUGCACAGGAAUGCCUUCUCUGUCUACAUCCUCAACCUGGCUGUGGUUGACUUUCUUUUCAUAUGCUUUCAAAUUGUACUUUGUCUUCAUAUUAUUUUGAACAUCUUCUACUCCAAGACCAUUGACAUGCCUCCUUUUGGUUUUGUUGUGUUAAACUUUGCUUAUCUUUGUGGCCUGAGCAUCCUCAGUGCCAUUAGCUUUGAACGAAGCCUGUCUGUCAUGUGGCCUAUCUGGUAUCGUUGCUAUCGCCCAAGGCACACAUCAGCUGUCAUAUGUACCCUGGUUUGGUUUCUGUCCCUGCUGUUAAGCCUCCUGGAAGGGAAAGAAUGUGGCUUCCUAUUUAAUAGUCUUGGCCCUAGUUGGUGUCAAGCAUUUGAUUUCAUCACUGCUGCAUGGCUAAUUGUUUUAUUUGUGGUUCUCUUGGGGUCCAGUCUGGCCUUAAUGGUUACUAUAUUCUGUGGCUCACAGAGGAUUCCUGUGACUAGGCUGUAUGUGACCAUUGUGUGCACAGUGCUGGUCUUCCUGCUUUUUGGUUUGCCCUAUGGGAUCUACUGGUUCCUCUUAGCAUGGAUUGACAAUUUUCAAUCUGUAGUGCUUUGUAAUUUUUAUCCAGUGACAAUAUGUCUGUCCUGUUUUAACAGCUGUGCCAAUCCCAUCAUUUACUUCCUUGUUGGCUCUAUCAGGCAUCGUAGGUUCCAGAGAAACACUCUCAAGCUACUUCUGCAGAGAGCCAUGCAGGACACUCCUGUGGAGGAAGAAAGUGGAGAGGGGGAUUCUUCAGGAAGAUCUAGGGAAAUGAAAACAGUCUUGCAGUGACUACAAGAUGCUCUGAUCAAUCAGAAGUAGCAUUGAGAAACAACUUUGUCCUUAUCACUUCAUGGCAUUUUUAUAACCUUGUUUAGUGAUGAUCUGAGGUUAAAUCAUUUGGGGAAGUAGUCAAUCUUGUGGAAGUUGAUUGAUACUGGACUUGUUAUACAAAUACAGACUGCAGUAUUUCUGGAGCUGUCUUGCUCAGGGCUUCAUCAUCUCCUUUUGAUGGGACUCAUUGGAGCC